AUGGACGAGGCCCUGGAAGAGAAUACGUGUCGUAUCUGCCGUGGUGAAGCCACGCCGUCUUCACCGUUGUUCCAUCCUUGUAAGUGUAGAGGCUCCAUCAAGUACAUUCAUCAAGACUGCUUGGAGGAGUGGUUGAAACACUCCAACAAGAAGGAUGCCACCUGUGACAUCUGCCAUGAGCAGUACAAGUUCACCACGGUGUACAACCCGGACACGCCGGAGGUUGCACCUGUCUCGUUGAUCCUGUCGAGAUGGAAGCAGCGUGCCAGCAGGUGGAUUCGGUACUCGCUGAGUGUGGUUGCACUGGUUGUUGGGUUUGCAGCACAGAUCCCACUGUUUUGGGCGGUGGUGACCAGGUUCUUGACGUAUACUCUGAACAAUGUGCCCGUUCAUGGCGACUUCUUCGUGUCCUUGGUGUACGGUGAUGCAGCGUUCACAGGUGAUCCGUGGAGUUGGAACAACUUGGUGAAGACGUGGGGUGUGACCUUUGUCGAGUCGCUCGCCACCAUUGCAUGCUUGCUUGUUGUGAACCUGUCGCUGUUUGUUGUUAACGAGAGAGUAAGAACAGACCCAGGGUUCAAGAGAAUGGUUGACAAGGACAUAGGAGACCCGCUUAGGCAGAUCCCCAAGAGAGACGGCGGGCUGGAUUUAGGCCCCAUCAUGGAUCACAUCAACGUUGUCAAUGGUAUACUGGGCGAAGGGGAAGGCGAUGACGAAGAACGACAGAGAAGGGUGCAAAGACAAGUGCAAAGGCUGGCUGCGCUGAGAGAAGUCCACGAGAACCAACUGAGGCUACACC